UAUGUUGCCUAAAAGAAAUAAAAACAAAGAACUUGAUUCACCUGAUACUGUCCAAUAAUGGCGAAAACCUCUAUUUUGAGCUCAAAAACACAAUAAUGUAUGAAAUCAGCAAAUGUUCCCCAUUUGUCGAGCUCACAAAGGUUCUUUAAUGGCGUGCAGUAAGGAACCUGAUCCAGAUUCAAAAACUUUGUGAUAAAUCAACUGUGGCGAAGGAUCGAAUAGUGGGAAAAGCAUCUGAUUAUUCGUCAUUUGCUCUCGUAAUGCUCUCCCUGUAAGCAAGGAGCAAUAUCUGAAACCGCAUCAUAUUCUGGGUUUUCGCGGUUUUCAUUCCGGAUUGGAUGUUUGAACCAGUGGAGAUUGCUGAUCUUUGAGCCCUGGUUCGAGCUUUUGCUCUUCUGGCUCUCUCUCCAUUUGGUGGAGGCUAGAAACUCAGAGUUAUUCUAUAAAUCAACUGCUUCAAGUCCUAACUCCUGAACAAUUUGGGGAAUUUUCAGGUGUGAUUCAACCAUCUUAAAGCUAAUUCUUAGUUUUUGAGUUCCCUAUUCCUAGAAGUACCAGCCAUGAAUGCUUUAGCUGCAACCAACAGAAAUUUCAAACUUGCAUCCCGGCUUCUAGGGCUCGACUCCAAGCUUGAAAAGAGUUUGCUCAUUCCUUUCAGAGAAAUCAAGGUGGAGUGUACCAUACCAAAGGAUGAUGGUACUUUAGUAUCUUACGUAGGAUUCAGAGUGCAACAUGACAAUGCUAGGGGCCCAAUGAAAGGUGGGAUCAGAUACCACCCUGAGGUCGACCCUGAUGAGGUUAACGCUCUCGCCCAGCUAAUGACGUGGAAAUCAGCAGUUGCAAACAUUCCUUAUGGUGGUGCAAAAGGAGGCAUUGGCUGUGAUCCAAGGGAAUUAAGCAUCUCUGAGCUAGAGCGGCUUACCAGAGUUUUCACACAGAAGAUACACGAUCUCAUAGGUGUUAAUACCGAUGUUCCAGCUCCUGAUAUGGGAACAAAUCCACAGACAAUGGCCUGGAUUCUGGAUGAAUAUUCUAAGUUCCAUGGAUAUUCACCUGCAGUUGUAACAGGAAAACCAGUGGACCUAGGAGGUUCGCUUGGCAGAGAUGCAGCUACUGGAAGGGGGGCCCUCUUUGCAACAGAAGCUCUGCUUGCAGAGUAUGGGAAGAAGAUCUCGGACCAAAAAUUUGUGAUACAAGGAUUUGGAAAUGUGGGUUCUUGGGCUGCACAAUUCAUCCAUGAAAUUGGUGGGAAGGUUGUGGCAGUGAGUGAUAUAUCAGGAGCUAUAAAGAACCGCAAUGGCCUUGAUGUUCCCAGGCUCCUAAAACAUGCAGUUGAAAAUAAAGGGAUUAAAGGGUUUGAUGGGGCAGAACCACUUGAUCCAAAGGCGCUACUGUUGGAAGAUUGUGAUGUGCUCAUCCCUGCCGCACUUGGAGGAGUCAUAAACAGGGAAAAUGCUGGUGAAAUUAAGGCCAAUUUCAUUAUAGAAGCGGCCAAUCACCCAACUGAUCCAGAGGCUGAUGAGAUAUUAGCGAAGAAGGGUGUCGUCAUCCUGCCGGACAUAUAUGCUAACUCCGGAGGAGUCACCGUGAGUUACUUCGAGUGGGUUCAGAAUAUACAGGGGUUUAUGUGGGAUGAGCAGAAGGUUAACUGUGAACUGAAAAACUACAUGAUCAAAGGGUUUCAGAGUAUAAAAGAAAUGUGUAAGACCCACAAUUGUGACCUCCGGAUGGGUGCCUUCACUCUCGGGGUUAAUCGUGUUGCCCGAGCAACGGUGCUCAGAGGCUGGGAAGCCUGAGAGAGAAGGGGAAAAAUAACCCAAAAAUAAAUAAAACAAUGAAAGAGUAGAAAAUUCAUGGCUUUCAAAAUAGAUCUGGUGUGGAGGUAUGCUUUUUUUUAACAAUGGGAUUACCCAUCGAUAUUUCGCGCUUCAAAAAUUUUUAGGGAAUUGAGGACUGAAUAUUAUCCCAAUUUUUGGGCUCGAACUUGCUCUGUGCUCUUAUAUUUAUUUGCAAUGAAGAUUUCCUUACUUUUUUUUA